UUUUUCUUCUUCAUUGCUUCUUGCUGUGCCUGUCUUUAUGCUUGUCCCUUUCAUCCUCUGCAGAGCUGUAGGGAAGACCUGCUUGCUGAUCAGCUAUACCACGAAUGCCUUUCCUGGAGAAUACAUCCCCACUGUGUUUGAUAACUAUUCUGCCAAUGUCAUGGUAGAUGGAAAGCCAGUGAACCUAGGCCUCUGGGAUACAGCAGGGCAAGAGGACUAUGACCGACUGCGGCCUCUUUCUUACCCACAAACGGAUGUUUUCUUGAUCUGCUUCUCCCUUGUGAGUCCAGCUUCCUUCGAGAAUGUCAGAGCAAAGUGGUACCCUGAGGUCCGACACCAUUGCCCAAAUACACCUAUUAUUCUGGUGGGCACCAAGCUGGACUUGAGGGAUGAUAAGGACACCAUUGAAAGGCUACGUGAUAAGAAACUGGCCCCUAUCACCUACCCCCAAGGUUUGGCCAUGGCUCGUGAGAUUGGGUCGGUAAAGUACCUCGAGUGCUCUGCCCUGACGCAGCGGGGCUUGAAGACGGUGUUUGAUGAAGCUAUCCGGGCUGUGCUGUGCCCACCGCCUGUGAAGAAACCUGGCAAAAAGUGCACCGUGUUCUGAGGGCUGUGGCCUGGGUGUUGGCUCAGCAUGUUGUUGUCCUCCGACAGAUUGCGUAUUAGCUGAGUGUUUCUGGAGGGGGCUGGGAUGCGUAGGGCCCUUCAUCAUGUACGAAGUCAGUGUUUUUUAAAUGUCUCUUUGAUUUGACGUCAGUGUUGAUGUGAAGGGGCAGUGGGGGCAGGAGAUUAGCUGGGGGGCUUUGGAGCCCCCAGGGGAGGUACAGUGGGAAGGCAAGGUGGCUCCUUGGGGCAAUAGGCUAUUGUGGCUUUCCAGAACUCCAAGCUGAAAGAGCUGAGACAUCCACCCUGUGCAGGAAACAGCUGUUUUAUAUGUGCAGGAUGAAGCAGGUGGUGAAGAUCAUUGUGGGAGCAGGGAAGGAGCCCCUAUAAAAGGUGUUGAGUGACAAGAGCAGUUAGGAGAGUAGUAGGGGCUCCUUACCCAGCCUGCUGCAGCUAACACAUCAGUGCUCUAGCAGACAUGUGCCUGAGACUGUUACAGGAUCAAAAUCAGCUCUUGAAAGGGUCAAAAAUGAACGAGAUGCAAGGAUGAAGUACUAAUCAUUCGGUGCUUUAUUGGGUGCUAACCAAACUCAGUGAGUGAAACAGCCCUGUGCAGUCAAUGUAUUUGCCUUUUAACGUGCGCACAUUGUAGGACAGCGUCGUGCUGCUCCCUCUUCAUCAGUCUUUAGCAGGGCCUCCCCCCCUGCAAUCCAGUCUCUGCAGAGCAGGGCUGAGGUUGUUGCCUCUCUUUUGUUUUGUUUUUCUACUAAAGACAGUGAAGGAAGCAGUGAGGAGUCUGCUAGCUUCUCCCUUCCCUUCCCACUCAAAGUGAAGGUGGACUCUAUGGAUUUGGUUGGAACAGGGAGAGCUUCCAAAGGGUGGUGGGGGGAGAGGGUUGGAACAAAGACAAGUCCAGUUUCUAAUCAUCAUGUAGAGUGAAAAGACAAAACCUUAUUUGGUGCAAUAAACAUUCUCCAUGACGGCG